AGCUAGUUUCAGGCAUCGUUCGAUGCCAUUCUCAUCUUGGGUUUCUCAGACUAACCAAAUCAGUGCUCAAAACUUCAUGCUUGAACUCCUUCGAGUCCGGUUUGAUGCCCGUUAAUAUCUAGCUUACCUUCGUUCCGCUCAUUUAUACAGCCCAAGCCUCACAACUUCAUGACGGUCGAGGUAUAAUGCACGCCACUCACUCAAUAAGCGUGCUCACGUUAGCGUCAAACGCCAUCUUCGCUGCGGCGCAUAGCUAUGUCUCCAAUAUCAACAUCGAUAGAUUGAUGUAUGAUGGCUUUCACCCAACUAAACCUGAUUCCUACCCUUUGGCCAUUGGCUGGUCUACUACCGCUUAUGAUCAGGGCUACGUGAACCAAACAGGAUUUACGACUGAAGAAAUCAUAUGCCACCGAGGUUCUCAAAACGCUCAUGCUCAUGCACUCGUUGCUGCUGGUGACCGUAUUCACGUGCAGUGGAACGGUUGGCCACAGUCCCAUAAAGGCCCUGUUAUGGAUUAUCUUGCACAUUGCGGCAACAAUCAGACUUGCGAGGAAGUAGAUAAGAACGAUCUUAACUUCUUCAAGAUCAGCGAGCUUGGAUUGCUCAAUGGAACCAACAGAACAGCAGGGCCGGGCGGGCUUUGGGCGACUGAUCUUCUCAUCGCAAAUAACAAUUCCUGGAUAGUCGAGAUCCCCCCGCAAAUCAAACCGGGGUUCUAUGUUCUGCGCACCGAGAUCAUAGCAUUGCACAAUGCAAGCAACGCGAUAGGUUCUCAGAACUAUCCUCAAUGCCUCAAUAUUCAGAUUGCAGGCGGUGGCACUGUUCUCCCGAGCGGAACACCGGGGAAACAACUCUAUGACCCCGAUGACCCGAGCGUGCACUUAGAUAUCUCGGGGGGUCUAUCAACGUAUAAGAUCCCGGGACCAACUGUUAUGAGCGGCGUGAAAGCGGGAACAAUCCCACCGCUCAGUCACCCAGUACCUACAGGGCCUGGUACGAUAUAUACAGGCACCGCGACAUUGCCCGUGCCUACUCAACGUGCUACGAAUAUACCGAACUGACCUCCUCCUGAACUAUCGCCUAGACCCAGGUUGGUCAUCCCGAUUAAGCGCCCGAUCUCUGAUCUCUUAACUUGGGGAUUUCACUAAGAAAACGUACGCCAAGUUUAUGCAUUGUCGGGCUCGGAGAAAUGGGAGUGAGAGACGGUCGCCUCAAAUAACAGUACCCUCAAUUGCUCUGUAUAUAUCUGAUUCGCAUAUAUAUUAUCGUGAUGAAUAAAUGCUCAAUAGCUGUACGCUC